AUGGAUUCAAUCUUCACUACAGCCCGGGAGGCCGCGAGGGAGUGUACAUCGCUCCUCAAUCCCUCACUCGUCAACUUUGCCUUCUCGACAUGCAUCCUGCUGGGCAUUCUCGGGUCCUACAUCCCGCAGCAUUACAAGAUAAUAGCGCGUGGCUCCAGUGAGGGAAUCAGCCCUCUGUUUGUGCUCCUUGGGGCAACGGGUGGAACGUGUGGGUUUGUGAAUAUCCUCAUCCUGUCGCAGGGAGUGUUGGGGUGCUGCCAGAAGGGUCGGGAUGCAAUGGACCUGUUUCGCUGUUAUCCUGCUCCUGUUCCUGAUCUACUUCCCGCGCGCCUCGCCUCUCGCCUCACCCGCCACCUCGCGCAACAGCCCCCCGAGCGCGCAGCGCUAACCGUCACCCUCCUCUCCGUCCUCCACUUUGUCAUCGUCGUCGCGUGCACUUUCUACUUCUCCCUCCUGACCUCCGAGGACACCCCGCACACCCCCGAGACCAUCCCGCAGCCGAGCCGGCAGCUCGUGGCAUGGGCCAACUUCCUCGGCGUCCAGGCGAUGGUGCUGGCGGGGCUGCAGUACAUCCCGCAGCUGUACACGACGUGGACGUUGAAGCAUGCGGGGAGCCUGAGUAUUCCGAUGAUGUGCAUUCAGACGCCCGGGUCGUUUGUGUGGGCGAUUAGUUUGGCGACGAGGGAGGGGACGAAGUGGAGUAGUUGGGCGACGUUUGUGCUGACGGGGAUGCUCCAGGGGGCGUUGUUGGUGAUGUGUGUGGUCUGGGAAAUGAAGAAUAAGAAUGAGGGCACGAAGGACUCUGCUACUGUCGAUCAGGAUGAGGCAGAGAGGAGGCCACUUAUCGGGAAUGAGACGUCGUAG